AUAUCGUAUUGUAUUGUAUGCGGAUUAAGCGCCUAGAGGCGUGUGGAAACCAUCUAAUGUUGACGGAAGUACUAAUCUGUCAAAGUCCACAGUUGCAGAAACAGAACAAUUCAACGGGGAUUUAUUCCCAUGAUUGGUAAGAUGGAUGAUAUACUUGUAGAGGUAGUCUGUAGAAUCCCUGGGCAUGAGUCUAAGACAUUUAGCGUCGCCACGUCCGAGAGGAACACCAUUGCUGGCGUGAUCCGAAAAGUGUGCAAGGAGAAUGGUAUUGCAAUGAAAACAAGUUAUACUUUGCUGGAUAAUCGGGAAAGAGUUUUACAGUGGUCACAGACACUUAUUCAUUGUGGAAUUAAACAUAAUGAUAUCCUAUAUCUUACAAAUGAAGAUGAAGAUGUUCAUGUACAUAAUGGAUGUUUUUGGAACAGCUGGUGGUUUGUGGCUGCAAUAAGUCUACUGAUAGGUGGUGUUGGUGUCACUGCUAUAACCAUACUGUAUACAAAAAAUGGAGAAACACAGUAUCAGUAUGGUGUUGUGCUUGAUGCAGGAUCGUCCCAUACUAAAUUGUUUAUAUAUAAAUGGGACGGUGAAAAGUUACAUGAAACAGCAGAGGCGAAACAAGUUCAUUAUUGUACAGUAAUAGAUCAUGGUAUCACCUCUUAUGUGAAUACUCCCAGCAACCUGUCAGGGCCUCUGUCAGUGUGUUUAGAGGAGGCAAAGCAACAUAUACCAUAUGAUAACCGAGAAGACACCCCGAUAUUCCUGGGAGCAACAGCUGGUAUGAGAAUGCUCAAUGAGGUAAAUGCAGUAAAGAGUGCCACUAUAAUACACUAUGUUCAGGACACCAUCAAGAAAUUCCCUUUUAAAUUCACGUCUCCCACAGACCAAGCUAGAAUAAUUACAGGACAGGAGGAAGGCACGUUUGGUUGGGUCACUGCUAAUUAUAUCUCGGGAAAACUUGGAGUGGUCCCAGAGUUUUCAAUGUACAGGGAGCUUGCAAGGCCAGAGGCUACCAUGGGUGCCCUAGACUUGGGUGGGGCUUCAACCCAAAUCAAAAUUUAUGUUCUUUUAUUACAGAAUCAAGGCUAUAAUGAGACAAAUAUAACAAACCCCUGUGGUCCAAGCGGAUACACCUUUGAAAUAUUGUCCAGGGAUAUUUUUGAAGCUCCUUGUGUCAACAGAUAUACAAAUGAGUUUUUACAAAUCUACCAACUUAGCAAUACACUUGAUGCGACCAACUUUACGUUUAUAGGUACAGGAGAUGAGGAAGAAUGUAGAGCAAUAGUAAAGUCAUUGUAUAAUUUUAGUGCUCCAUGUCCAAUGGAACCGUGCACAUUUAAUGGAACGUAUCAGCCGCCAAUCCAGGGAGAUUUUUAUGCUUUUUCCAGUUUUUUCUACGAAAUGGAUUUUUUAAAAUUAACAAAUAAGAAGGCAUCAUUAAAGAAAUUCACUACAGAGUUGACAAUACUGUGUAAUAAAUCGUGGGAAGAGGUUUCCCACUUACCAGCAGGUAAAAAUGGCAGUAUGUUAGGGUGGUAUUGUUUUGAGGGACAUUUUAUUAGAACAUUACUGGUAGAUGCCUACAAGUUUAAUGAUGAUACUUGGGAAAAUAUUCAUUUUGUGCAAAAGAUAAAUGGUACAGAUAUAGGUUGGACAUUGGGCUAUAUGUUAAACUCUAGUAACGCAAUUCCAAUAGUUGGCCCAGAACGUUUUAUUUCAACCACAGCUUUUUCAUCGUUGACUGUUUUAUUUGCUAUAUUUGUAUUACUAUCAGUGGCAUUUGCUUGUUAUGCCAGGAAACACCAACAACAAAAGACGUUGGGAUUAUACGAGAGGGUACCCACUUACGGAGCUGUGUAAUAAAUAAAUAUCUCAAAUUUGCUACACUGGAAAUAUCGUGAAAAUUGAGAAUGGGAAUGAAAUGUUUGUAAGGCUUCCAAAUAGUGAAACUCUUCAAAACACAUAUUGUGAAACUUAAAAAAAAAAUAAGAUUUUAAAAUUCAGCUUUUGUUUAGAAUGAAUAGAAAUGUAAACAACAUUGUAGACAAAAUCACAACUAAAACGGCGUUGAAUUACUACUCACAUACCCCACCUACCUGACAGCUGAUAAGCCUUUCAUAGAUUUGUGGAAAAUACAUGUAUCUGCAAUGCAAACCUGUUAAGUUAAUCAUCAAAAAGUGCUACAUUUUAAUAUUUUGUUUCUCUGUGUUAUAUUUAAUCAAAAUGAUAUUUUUAAAGGGAAAUAGCAUAUCAAUUUGAUGUCUGUUAAACUUUGUGUUUUGUCAUUAAGUCUUCAGCAAUGAUCAUUAUCUUACUAAGUUGAUAUGUUUAAUGUAUGUAUACUUUUUAACAAUUUAUUUAUUAUAUCACAUUCCAAUUGAAUGUAAACUUGUGAAGAAAGAUAUAGAAUGUCAUAUUGUAAUGUAAUAUAUGUAGUAAUGUUAAACACAGUUCUGAAAAUGAUAAAUACAAUUUUGUAAUGAUAAACAAAAUGUUGUAACAAUUUAGCAAUGAUAAACACAAUCUAGUAACACGCCUACUAAACGGUGGCUCUUUCACAUUUUGGUGAUCUGUUUAAAUGAGAGCCAUCGACACAUCCGUUGCAGAGCCCUCGAUGAAAACAAGGCUGACAGAGGUAAGAAAUUUUAGAAAAAAUAUCAAUUUAAAAAGAUCAUGCUUGUUUUUCAAAAAUCGAAGAAUGUCAUGCCACGUAGAACAUUUUUCUCAUCAUGUUGGGUGCAGUUUCGAUAAGAAAUACCCUGAAAUGACGUUGCUAGAACUUUUACCAAAUAAAAGCCUUGUUUUCAUCGAGGGCUCUGCAACGGAAGUGUCGAUGGCUCUCAUUUAAACAGAUCACCAAAAUGUGAAAGAGCCACCGUUUAGUAGGCGUGAUAUAUGCAAUGUUAUAAGGAUAAACACAAUAGCAUACUGAUAAACAAAAUGCUGUCAUAUAAAUACAAUGCUUUACUAAUAAAAUAUAAUUCAGUAAUGAUAAACAAUGUCAUAACAAUGAACAAAAAAUCAUAAUGAUAUAAAUAAUGUAGUUAUUAUUAACACAAUGUUGAGAUGAGCACAGUGUUAUUGAUGUUGUUGUUUAGAUCUAUGUAAUUUAGUUUGGUACCUUAUGAUUAAUUUAUUCAUAUAGCAAUUUUGACUGCUGACUUUUAUAAAUGAAAUAUAGAGUUUAUAACUUUCAUAAGGAAAUAAAGACUGGAUAUUAAUCAUAUUUAUUCAUCUUUUUAAUGUAUGCUUAUUCAGAAUAUUAAUCAUGUGUAUUCAUCUUUUUACUCUAUGCUUAUUCAGAAUAUUAAUCAUGUGAAUUCAUCUUUUUACUGUAUGCAUAUUCAUAAAUUGCAUGAAUAUUCAUACAGUAAAAUGAUGAAUACACAUAUUGGUAUACAUGAAUACAAAUAAUUAAUAUUAGGUCUUUAUUAUUCAUUUUUUUACUGUAUGAAUAUUCAUAUAUUGCAUGAAUUUUCAUACAGUAAAAAGAUGAAUACAUGAAUAUACAUAAUUAAUAUUAAGUCUUAAGUUACUUCAUAUUUUUACUGUAUGGAUAUUCAUAUAUUGCAUGAAUAUUCAUACAGUAAAAAGAUGAAUAUACAUGAAUACACAUAAUUUAUAUUCAGUCUUUAUUUACUUUAUCUUUUUACUGUAUAAAUAUUCAUAUAUUGCAUGAAUAUUUGUACAGUAAAAAGAUGAAUAAACAUGAAUACACAUAAUAAAUAUUCACAUAUGGAACAUUGUAAACUCUGACAGAGUGAGUACCCAUAAACUGCAGAUUCGUUAUAACUGUGAUAAACAAAACAUUUUUCUUGUUUUAUUUUUGUGUCAGUGAAUGAAUUGGUUAACAUAUGUCAUGCUCAUAGAACUGGCUUGAUAAGCAGGAAUAAAUCUUAACAAAAGAAUGUAUUGAAAGGAUUUAUUGUUUAACAUUUGUUGUUUCUAGUCCAAAUCAUAUAAAAUAAUAAAAAUCUGUCCCUACCUCAUGUACAUGAUAUAACUGAAAAAUAGGAUCUGUAUAUCUUUCUUUUUAAAAAGGUAAAACUUUGUUUAUGUUGGUAUAGAGUUUAUUGUCAAAAUAUUCAUUUCAUUAGGGUGAUUUUCUUAUUUACUUUUGUAUUAACACACAAUUAACAUUUGAUAAAACUUUGUAUGUUUCAACAUUAUUAAAAUCUUUAUUCUUUAUUUAUAAAUGAAAUAUUGAGAAAUAUUGAAGAAUAUGUAUUUUCGUUUUCUGUCUUUUCACUUUAAAAAAUUAUUUUUCACUGCAGUGAAACAUAUUUUCAAUACAAUGUAUAUGCACUGAUGUAUUGCCAGACUAUUUUCCUCUAAAUUCAGGCAAUAUACAAAAUUUAAGUGAAAGUCUUUCAAAUUAUAAUGUCAAAAAAGAGAGAAAUGCAUUUAAUAAACAGAAAAUUCAAAUUUUUUCUAUAAAUACAGGAUUUAUUUUCAUGAUAUGCAAAUUAUCAUAUUUCACUUGUGGCUCUCACCACUCAUGAAAUAUAGUUUUUCAUACCACUCGAUGAAAAUAAAUCCUGCAUUUAUAGAAAAAAAAUUUAAAUAUCCUUUAUUUAUUUCCUGCAAACUGAUGAAAUAUUGCAAUCAAUCAGUGAAAUAAAAACCAUAUAACUCACUGCAUAUAACACAUACUGUGAGUGAUAUAGCUUUGACAAACUGUUUGUUGUUGUCUUGCAUGUAAAUUUUUAUGUUUGUGUAAAUUUACAUAAAACUUAAUUGUUGUUUUGUUCUUUAUGGAAUAUUUGUAUGUUCAGUUAUCAAUACUGCUCUAAAAUUGUAAAAUGUUACAAAAACUCAUGUUAUAGCUGUUUACCUUGUAUUAACACAGAAAACCAUUUGUGAAACUACAAUUUACAGUAAACAUCAUAUUUAUUCAAUUGUUGUAUUACUUUACACACAUAAAUAUUUAUUUUGCAAUGUUUUUAUCAAACUUGGAAUUUAUUUAAGAAAAUAAAUUUAGAGUGUAUGUUUAUAAUGCUUUGAAAGAAAAUUUCAAAAUUAGUUUCUAACUAAAAAUGUUGUUUUUAAGUAGAAAAAAAGUGAAAUGGACUGAAUAAAAAAGUAAUAUGGACUGAGUAAAAAAGUAAUAUGAACUGAGUAAAAAAAGUUAUAUAAUGUGGAGUGAGUAAGACUGACAAGUAUGGAUAAAAAGGGGAAAAACUUGAAGACAAAUUCUCCUGAACUCUUGAAUUGGUAUGAACAUAAUUUGACAGAUGUGUCAUGUGUUAAACAUUGAAUGUGCAAUUUAUCAUUUUUAUAUCAUUCCUGUAACAUG